AUGCACGGCCGGAGGAGAUGUGGGAACCUCGCCUGCGUUGCAUUGCAUAUGCAUUCCCAUCUCCCUAGGCCUACGCCUAAAUCUACACACACACCCAAGCUUGCGGCAUCUCCGACAUUAGUCAAAGUCGUCGUUAGGAUCAGCGCCAUCCUGUUCCCCAGUAACGCCGUAUUUGACCUUCAUCAAUCCAUGGACGAUCUCUGCAAGAUUCCCAACUACUCCAGCCUUUCCGAUCUCAACGAGACUGAUUUCAAGGCCCAUGUUGCGUCUGAUCCAGUUUCGCAUCUCGAUAGCCAUGAGAGAAUCAAUAUUAACGCCCGCAAGCUCGUCCUCGUCCAUGUCCUGCGUAUGCGCCAUGUUCUGUCUCACCAUCAUCCCCAGCACUCCUUGGAUUAUGCCCUUAGACUCUUCGGUGUUCAGGUAUGA